AUGCCUCCCGGAGACCAGACGCCACAGUCCGGGUUGAGCGUGCGGAAGAUUGUCAAGCCGCGCUCCUGGACGGGAGCGCGCAUCGCCAUACUAGAGGCUGCACUGAGACGAGAGACACGCACUCACCAUCACCGACCUCUACAGCACCAAAUCCGGCUCUACUGUGCCCGGAGGCAGCCCCGAAGCGCCCGGAGGACGCCUGCCAACUUCACAAUGGGGGCCCUGCUCUGGGGUCUGGUCCUGGCCUCCGUCCUGACCGUUCAUUGCGUUGAACGCCACUCUCUGACCUACAUCUACACAGCGCUGUCCAAGAAAGUGCCCAACCCCGGCAUCCAUGAGUUCACCGCCAUGGGCCUGCUGGACACCAAGAUGAUCGACUACUUUGACUCAGAUCAGCAGAAGAAGAUUCCCAAACAGCCCUGGAUGAAGGAUAACCUGGACCCGGAAUACUGGUCCAAAGGAACUCAGUCCAGGAAGAGCAAGCAGCAGUGGUUCAACGUCAACCUGGGAAUCCUCAAGGAUCGCAUGAACCAGAGCGACACCGACCUGCAUGUGCUGCAGUGGAUGCACGGCUGCGAAGCGGAUCUGGAGCCCAACGGUGAUCUGCAGUUUGUGCGCGGCAUCGACCAGUACAGCUACAACGGAGACAGCUUCCUGUACUUCGAUGACUAUGUGGGCGUGUGGGUGGCGGCGUCGAAGGAGGCAGAGCAAACCAAGAGGAAGUGGGACGAUGUGGCGGUGCUAAAGGAGUACACCAAAGGAUACCUGGAGAAGGAGUGUCUGGAAUGGCUGAAGAAGUUCAUGGAAUUUGGAAAAAAUCAGCUGAUCCACGCAAAGAGACCAGAUGUGUAUGUGUUUGCUAGUCCGGCCCGGAACAAAGAUAACGUGUUCCUGAACUGCAUGGCGACGGGAUUCUACCCUCCGGACAUUGUGGUGCAGCUGAAGCGGGACGGCCUGGUUCUUAAGGACGUCCACACCACCGGCAUCAGACCCAACCAGGACGACACGUACCAGCGCCGAGACUACAUCGAGAUCCUGAGGACAGACGAGGGCCCUUACAUAUGCGAGGUCAUCCACGCCGCAACCCAUGUGACGAUUGCCAAGAAAUGGGACGGAGUUCUCCCACCGCACAGCGAUGACGAGGCAGCGUCUCUGGUCCCUGUGAUCGCCGGAGCAGUAGCUGUAGUAGUUCUGCUGCUGGUCGUUGGGGUUGUUGCCGUGGUGAUUUACAUGAAACACAAGAGACCCGUCGAAACGGGCUCCAAUGGCUCCAGUAAGAACUCCAGCUCUGACAACGUGGCUGUAGGAGUGCCUCUGCUGAAUUCUGGCUCCAGUGGCUCCAGUAAGAACUCCAGCUCUGACAACGUGGCUGUAGGAGUGCCUCUGCUGAAUUCUGGCUCCAGUGGCUCCAGUAAGAACUCCAGCUCUGACAACGUGGCUGUAGUGCCUCUGCUGAAUUCUGUUCUCGUGGGAAAACUGCAGAAAGACGAGCACCGGAACUCCCAAGACUCAGCCAUUGGCUCCAAUGGCUCCAGUAAGAACUCCAGCUCUGACAACGUGGGAGGAGUAGAAGUGCCUCUGCUGAAUUCUGUCUGGAGCCCGGGGCACAUCUGUAGAGAGGAGAGCGGAGCUAACAGUGAGGGGAGGCUACAGCGGCCCAGGCUAACACCCUGCUCCCGGAAAGGAUGGAGGCUGCGCGGGUCUGACUACUGCUCUGCCCGAGAGGACUCUUCAAGACUCGCGGAUCGCCGGUAUCUGAUUGGUGGCAGCAGGAUGUCUCGCCGCAGGAAGUCUUCCACGCCGUGCAUGCUCCCCAAACAGGAAGUAGAGUCCGAACAGGAAGACCUCUGCAGCCAAUCAGAGCGCAGUGCUGUCAGAGGUGGCGGGACAAGAGCCUUGGAUAGUGACGAUGACAUCAUGCAGGCGGACUUCGUCCCAUCAGGAGCAGCAGGAGUGUCUGAGGGAGGGUACGAAUGUAAAUACUGCAGCUUCCAAACCUCAGACAUGAACCGCUUCACGGACCACGUGGACUCGGAGCACCCCCAUGUGGUCACUAACACUUCCUACGUGUGUGUCGAGUGUGACUACAGCACCAAGAGCUACAACAGUCUGCAGAUCCACAACUCUCACUGUCACCCAGGAGAGGACUGCUUCACGCGGACCACCGUCAUGAGGAACAACCGGACCGUGGUCCAGCAGAGCAUCAACGAGCUGAGCUUCUGCGGUGGCUUUGUGAAGAGCGAGGAGGGCAGAGCUAACACCAGCCCCGCCCACCUGCAGAGCGAGGAGGGAGGAGCUCUCCCCGCCCACCUCAGCCCCGUCAAAGCUGAGAGCGACAGUGACGAGGACUACGACAGCAAAGAGAUGCCUGUGUUAAGCCCCGCCCCCCUGACGCCUGUGACGUCAUCGCGCCUUGCCUCAGCUCCGCCCCCUCUGGUGCUUAAUGGCUCCGGAGUACUGCAGGUCAAAGGAGCCAGCACUGGAGUCUUGGCCCCUGGGACCGUGGCCGCUGGGACCCUGGCCCCUGCAACUCUGGCCCCUGGGACUCUGGCCCCUGGGACUCUGGCCCCUGGGACUCUAGCUCAGGUCCUGACGGCUCUUCAGAGCGUGAGCAGCUCACCUCAGACUCAGCUGCUAAUCCCUCUGAGCUCCAUCCCCACAUACAGCCCUGCUAUGGACAACAAUGUGCUGUUGCUGAGCGCCUACAGCAGGUUUCCAUACCCCUCGCUCUCUGAAAUCCUUGGUCUCUCGUCUCAGACUAAGUUCAGUGAAGAACAGAUCAAAGUCUGGUUUUCCGCUCAGAGACUGAAGCACGGAGUGAGCUGGACCCCUGAGGAGGUGGAGGAGGCGCGGCGUAAGAAGUCCAAUGGCUCGGUGCAGGCACCGCCCACCAUCACAGUGAUCCCAGCGAGCCUGGCCCCAAACGGCCUCCAGUCCCUGUUCCAGACCUGUCACAUCGUGGGCCAGCCGGGACUCGUGUUAGCCCAGGUCCCUGCUAACGCUAAUGCUAACGGGCUCCCUGCGGCCCCGCCCAUCACCCUCACUUUAGCCACACCCACUCACAACCACACGUCAGCUUCCGAGCCCAACGAGACCCAGACCAGGACUGAGACUGCCUCAGGACUGGACAAGAGCCGCACCAAAACUAAGGCAGACUCCGGACUGGACCUGAGUCCCAACAAACCCAAGAAGUCCAAGGAGCAGCUAGCUGAGCUCAAGGCCAGUUACAGCCGCAAGCAGAUCGCAAGUGAGGGGGAGAUCUCACGACUGAUGGAGGUGACAGGUCUCUCCAAAAGAGCCAUAAAGAAGUGGUUCAGCGACACUCGGUACAACCAGAGAAACUCAAAGGAUCAGCACGGCAUGCCCCUGACGGAGGCCGCCUCCAGAUCUGGGUCUGGGUCCAGGACUCGGGCAGAGGCUGAGGCUACCGGUCUGAGCACUGGGACCAUUGUUAUCGACUUGAGUGACGACCUGGACUCCCCCAGCCCUGAGAACAAAUCCUCAGAGAUCAAGCUGAAGUUCCGGAACGCCUUCCCCGACUUCACGCUGCAGAAGUUUAAAGAGAAGAGUGUGGAGCAGCUGCAGGAGCUGGAGGCCAGUUACCAGAAGGAGCACAGUCCCUCUGACCAGGAGCUGACCCGCCUGCGCACCAGCACCAAGCUGACCCGGCGGGAAGUGGAGGCCUGGUUCAACGAGAGGAGGAAGGCCACAGAAGCUCCGCCCUCCCCUCAGGACAGACCUCAGCAGAGCGCCACAGCAGACACCAGCGCAGCAGCAGCAGCACCAGGUAAAGGCGCGUCGGGGUCGCGCCGUGCAGUGAAGAAGACGCUGGCACAGCUGCACGUGCUGAAGACGGCGUUUGUUCGCUCGCAGUGGCCAUCACCGCAGGAGUACGAGCGCCUUGCUGCGGAGACCGGGCUGCCACGCUCCCACAUUGUCACCUGGUACGGGGACACGCGUUACGCCAUAAAGAACAACGCACUCAAGUGGUACUACCUAUACCAGAGCGGCAAGGGGGAGGAGGUGCUGAAUGGAGGGAAAAAGAAAUCCAGGAAACGGUUCCGUGGCUGGUCCAGACGGCGAAGAACGCCUAGUAAACGACCGGCGCAGGAGUUCAAUGUGAAGGUGAAGUCUGGGACCUGGUUCUUGAAGGAUUAUUACCGGCGUCACCGGGACCUGAGUGAGACCGAUCUUGACGAUCUGGUCUCAAAGUCCGGACUGAGCUACGAGAGAGUCAGAGACUGGUUCAAGGAGGUCCAGAGGAGAGAGGCGGAGGGUCUGCAGGGCUUCAGCGACGACCCAGUGACCACGGAAGAAGAAGACAUGGAGGAAGACGAGGGGGAGAACAUGGAACAGGGUGACCCAGAGCAGCCACAAACCAGCCAUUCACUGCCUGCGGAGGAGGGCAACAGCCAAUCAGAGGCAGAGGAGGAGGGAAUUGACCAAUUCGAAGCAGAGGAGGAGAGCAACAGCCAAUCAGAGGCAGAGGAGGGCCACAGCCAAUCAGAACCUGUCGCCGAGCAGACGUGA